GAAUGCGAUUUUUUAUGAAGGCGGUUGCAGAACAGGCGGCUGUAGGCACAGUUUGGCGGACGGAAAAUUAUUUUACAAGGAUAAACUGGCCAAGAAAAAGCAUAUCCUCAAAUUUGUAGACGUUUUUGAAUUUGCGUGGAAUAUUCAUCUUCUGCCUUCACAAGCAUGCGUUGCGCGAAGCGCGGAAAGCCUGGCAAAAGAGUUGUCGCGCUCUGUGUUCAUUAAGGAUGGACAUCGGUUGAUGGAGAGUAUUAAAUCCGUUUGUGCUGGUUGUCAAAUCACGAGAGCAACAAAGCAGCUUAUGCCUUAUGUGCCAAAAAUCAGAAGGACCACCGAAUUGAUGGAGCGGAUUCAAAUCGAUCUCGUUGAUAUGGCACCCGAUACGGAAAAGCAAAUGCAAACAAAUCUCGGCCAGUUUCGCUACGUUCUUUCCAUAACAGAAUGUUUCAGCUGAUUUUGUUUUUUAUUCCCUAUUAGAAACAAGACAGCCGAAGAAAUUCAUGCACAGUUGGUAACCUUUUUUGUGGAUGAAGGUUGUCCAAAAAUUCUACAGAGUGACAACGGAAAAGUUUCCAUUAAUAAGCUGGUAAAAGACCUUUUGGAAAAUGCAAGCGUUGGGUUUGUGCAUGGUAGGCCAUACCAUCCACAGUCACAGGGACAAGUGGAACGUCUAAAUCAAAAGCUGAAGCGAGCUCUUGCAUUUAUGAUGGCUAAUUUGGACCCUGUAACGCAAGGUUUAUUAUGGCCGUAUUUUUUGCCAUCCGUCCAGCACUUAUUGAAUACAACACUACAUAAUUCCACAAAUAUGACGCCGUUUGAAGUUUACAAGGGGUACGCUUCUGCGCUAAGCCUUGAAAGAAUAGGUAAGAUUUCCCAACCUGGUCUCAAGACCUACCAAACACUUUCAGUUGUAGAAUUGGAUCCGGUGCCAUGGAAAGCGGAGCACGUCAGUAUGCUGAAACGACUUAUGCCUGAGCCACCAGAUGAUGAGUUUGCUGAUGUUUAUGCAAUGGAACAGUAUGAAAACGACAUUGAUGAAAAGGCUGAAGAAAACCUUCGACACCUAGAUGAUCUGCCAGAACCGCUGCGGUCGCAGGCUCUACACGCGCUGGAACAGCUGCAUUAUUGACGUGCUUGCAUGCAAACAUCUGUCAUCGAAAAUGUAGAGCGGAGACUUUUUAAAAACAUCUACGGACCAGCAGUGAAGGCUAGGCAGAUACGAAUCGAAGUUGGCGAUGUGUAUAUUUGGCGUCCGCAUCAAAAAAGACGGAAAUUAUCUGGUCGUGUAAAGGUGAAGAUUGUGCGAAUUAUGGAACAAGAGAAAACGCUCUCCUCAAGAUACCAGGUGGAAUAUUUCAAGAACGGUGACCGGGAACCUCCCAUAAAGACUAAAGAAAAUUCUUGGUUUUUCACAGUGCUUUUGGUUAACACAAACGAAUUAUCAAUUUAUCGGCGCCGUAUUGCUACCCAAAAUGGGGUCCAUGAAGAGCGCAUGCCAGAAGAAAGCACUAUUGGCUGUUUAUCAGAUAUUCACAAGGACGCAAAUGCGGUGGGAAGAGGCGUGCACGAAUUUGCUGACACAAUGCGUGCUUAUUUGAAAGAAACGAGUUGUUUGGCAAAACGCGUGCAACCAGGAUUACUAGACGGAGCAGACGCAGAGAAGUUUUUUCAUUUGUUGGAUCAAGGUGCAGCAGCUUUCAUAACGGAGACGGAGCGCGGAAAAGGUUCCAAAUAUCUGGAAGACGUCUUAGCUGGGAUAAACGAGUUGCGAGAUUCAACAGGGUUUUUGUACUGGAUGAGCGGUUUAUUUAAAUGGGAAGCAACGACGUCCAAAUCGCCUUUUAAAAUAAGAAAUAUCCUGGCCGGGCAAGAUCUUUACCACAAAGAAUCUUGCAUGCGAUGUAUGGAAACUCAACCUGAUUGUGGGCAUUUGUGCUGUACAGAUUCUCUGAAUGAACUCUGUGCAAAACGAGGUAUGAGUUAAUCUACUAAUAUGCAAUUUGUUAUGGUUCUAAAUGUACUAGAAACUCUUGAUUGUAAACUAAAGAUUAUAGCGACAGCAACUCUUGUUGCUUUAUUUCAGCAAUAAGAACAGCA